AUGGGUGUAAUUCGAAAGAAGACCGCUGCGCGUGGCAAUGAGGCUGGAACCAAAUUCCACUGUGACGUGUGCUUGGUCGAUGUCACAUCUACAGUUCGCAUCUCUUGCGCCUCUUGUCCUGAAUAUGACCUGUGCGUCCCCUGCUUCGCCGCCGGCGAGAGCUCCAAGAAUCACGACCCGGUCACCCACCCUUACCAGGUAAUUGAGCAGAAUGCGGUUCCUAUUUUCCAAGCAGACUGGGGUGCAGAUGAGGAGUUAUUGCUGUUGGAGGGAGCCGACAUCUACGGACUUGGCUCGUGGGCCGACAUCGCGGACCACAUCGGUGGCUACCGUACUAAAGAUGAAGUUCGCGACCAUUAUAUCGAAACCUACGUGAAUAGCUCCAACUUCCCCCUCCCCGAAUUGGCCGAUCCGCAAGAUCGGAGUUUGCAAGACUCAAUUUCAAAGGAAGAGUUCCAGUCGCGCAAGAAGCAACGCAUCGAGGAGCGCAAGGAGGCUGCCAAGGCAGCACCGCCUACCACCCCCAAGCAGAAGCCAGUGGCCAGUACACCAGCGUGUCAUGAGGUGCAAGGUUACAUGCCGGGACGGUUGGAGUUUGAGACGGAGUUCCUCAACGAUGCCGAGGAGGCCGUACAACACAUGGCGUUUGAGCCAGGCGCGGGUCAAGGCGAAUUAGACGCGGAAAUGGAAUUGAAGAUGACUGUGGUGGAUAUUUACAACUCUCGGCUCACUGCCCGCACGGAACGCAAGAAAGUCCUAUUUGAGCAUCAUCUGCUGGAAUACCGAAAGAACACUGCAAUCGAGAAGAAGCGAAUGAAAGAGGAGCGAGAUCUGCUCCACAAGGCCAAACCUUUUGCGCGGAUGAUGAACAAUAAGGACUUUGACGAUUUUAACCAAGGCUUGGAGUAUGAGCAUAAUCUUCGCCUGGCCAUCGCACAGCUACAGGAGUGGCGCCAGAUGGGCAUCGGUGAUUUGAAAGCGGGCGAAAGAUACGAAGUGGAAAAGCAAAAUCGUGGCCAACGGCUACUGCCACAGGGCUCGUUCGACCGCUUCUCCAGUCCACGCCCCAGACAAACUCAAGCAACUGAGACACCCACAGCCGCCGCCCAGCUGACAACACCCGAUCUCCCUCUCCGUCUUCAACAAGCAGCCAACCCCCACAAACAGCCCGAAUCAGACAGCAUGCCCAUGAACGAUUUCGAUCUUGCAUUCGCCGUGGGAGAUCCCAUCCCCCCGCCGUCAGGAAAAACCAAAUUCGUGUUGCAUCCACCGAGCGGAAUGCUGCCGUGGAAACUGGAAAACGACGGAGCAGCCGAUCUCCACCUGCUGACGCGCGAGGAGAUAGAGGUUUGCAACGUACUACACCUAAUGCCAAAGCCAUAUCUUGUUGUUAAGGAGACACUCCUUAAGGAGUCAAUGAAGCAAGGCGGCAACUUGAAGAAGAAAGACGCACGAGCAAUCUGCAAGUUCGAGGGCACCAAAACUGGUCGAAUUUUCGACUUCAUGGUGCACAGUGGAUGGAUCACGAAGGCUUGA